CAGGUAGAGAAAGGGAUCGCAGUUCUAAUGAACUGACAUUCAAGCGGAUACGGAAUUUUUUCACUCGAGUCAUUUGAAAUCCUAUUAGUCGCAAUUAAGAGCAAAUUAAUGAGGACAGUAGAUGGAAGAAAACUUUGCUUCUUCCUAAAGAUCUAUCUGACGAUGGCGUGUGUUUCUUGUUUUGCGAAUUUUCAAAUACAUACAAAAGGAACAGUGCGUCCAAUUUUUGACACCAAAGACCAUCUACAGAAAACAACCAAACAUCAUUUGUCCAACGAAAGACUCCGACAAAACAGUCGGCGCCUCCUGCUAAAGGUGUACUUGGUCUGUGUGGUUUCUGCCGUGCUGACCGUAGCCUUGACUGCAGUGGAUAUCGUUCUGGACUCCAUCAGCAUCAUACAGUGUGACACCUCCAGUCUUGUCUUACAGUCCAACACUAAGAAAAUACAGACGUACUUGGGUCUGUUGAAGUAUAUGGGAACAACUCUUUUACACGAGAGAGUUUUGAAUGACUCUGUUGUUCAAAAGAGCAUAGUUUUGGCUAUGAAGAGUACCGAACAUUACUUGUCGGAGUACUGCAGUGCCCAAGAUGUUUAUGACACCAUUUUAUGUAAUUCUCCAAGUAAGCUGAAUGCAACUGAUAUUCAAAAUAUACAAUUUUUGAAAGAAUCGGUUUUUGAAAAUGGAUUUUCUGUGAUCAUUACAAAAACACUCAGAGAAACAAAUGAUAUCAAAAUUGCGGAUAUAUCAAACUACUUAAAAUACAAAGCUGCCGUGGAAUCGUGUUACUUUCUUCUGAUGGACGUUAUAGAAUGUGGAUUAGCUACUAUAGACCCUGCAAGGUCAGUUCUUGGUCGGACCUAUCAUCAAGUCAAGUUGGUUUACUUAAACAGUGUGGACAACAUCGGUUACAAUAACAGUAUACUGAGCUCAGUUUGCCUGGAUAUAUCUAAUACAGACGAGUUUAGUUCAUUUGUUUCCUAUGUGCUAUUUGUCACAAACGACAUGCAGAGUCGUAUGCACCAUCAUGAACACAAUUUGCUGGCUUCUUUUAGCGAGCAGAAGGCAUUCCACGUCACCAGAAUCGUUUGUAUCUGUAUUCUGUCCUUCUUUGUUUUUGUUCUCUUGUUUAUCGUUGUCGGAACUGUCAAGACAUUUAAAAAAGGGAUAUAUAGCUUUGCAGAGGAAUUAUCCGACAAAACGAUGCUAUUGGAGAAAGAAAAACAAAUGACCGAGGAGAUUUUAUUUCAAAUGAUUCCUAAAUCAGUCGUCAGUCAUCUUAAGACAAGAAGAGGAGUGUGUGCGGAAACGUUCGAGUCGGUGACAGUAUUUUUCAGCGACGUGGUGGGUUUCACAUCAAUAUCUGCCAAGAUAGAACCAAUGCAGGUGGUGGAGCUACUGAACACAAUUUACUCCAUAUUUGACGUCAGGAUAGAGACCUAUGACGUUUACAAAGUGGAGACAAUCGGCGAUGCCUACAUGGUGGCAAGCGGAGUCCCCAACAGAAACGGACAGAAGCAUGUAGGUGAAAUUGCCACAAUGGCGAUUGAUUUGUUGGCAGCAGUGAAACAAGUCGCCCUACCAAAGUCGGUGGGAAAGGGCCACAUACAGAUAAGGGUCGGAAUACACACAGGAUCCUGUGUUGCGGGGGUUGUGGGUAUAAAGAUGCCACGGUACUGUCUGUUCGGGGACACCGUCAAUACAGCCUCUCGCAUGGAGUCAAGUGGACUUCCUAUGAAGAUCCACUGCAGUCAUCCAACCUACGAAAGCCUUCACGAAAUAGGAGGGUUUUCUUUUGUUCCACGUGGAGAGAUAGACAUCAAGGGAAAGGGAAAAAUGGUGACCUAUUGGUUGAAAGGCCGAGAUGAUAUGGACGAAUUCAACGAUAGCAUGGUUUGCAAAUUUGUGCCAAAGAAGAAAAGGACUGGAACCUUAUUGACAGAUUCUAACAGCACCCUGAUCUCCAAAUCCCAAUCGUCAAACACGGACGUCAAUCCGAUGGAGGAUUUAAUUGUUUGACGUCGUCAGUGUGUCUGUCUGUCUGACCAUUUUUCACUUUCAGCACUUACUUUUUAUGUCGUUGAUGCAUUGCUUAGUCCCAAUACGAGUUUUGUAUUAAAAAUUCCUAUUGGUUGAUUUUUUAAUUCUUUUUUACUGUCGCUGAGUUGUUUGCUUCUUCAUAAAUAAUACGUCUAUCCUAUACUGUUAUGGCAAUAUCGGUAUAAUUCAUAUUCAUUAAUUGUUUACUACUCAUUAAUCAGGGACUUCAAUAUCUUUUUUUUGAGUCAUGGAUAUGAAAACAAUGAAGUGAUCUGAUAAACUAAAGAAUUAAGAGGUAAGCAUAAUAAGAAUAAAGCAAGAUACAUAGACUUUUGGCAGUAAUCCCUCUCCAUACUCAGAGGUAGUGAUCAUUGCAGACAAAAUACACAUAACCCGCCUAUGCAUUUUGUUUUGUUUUUUUCUGCAAUGUCGCUACCUUCAUAUUCUCAUGAAUCACCAAAGAAAACAUACAUUUUAUUGUUUAAAUAACGACAAAGCUGAUCACGGCGUAAGAGCACCAGACGAUUUUAACAAGAGCUUGGCCUUUGGUAGUGUCAAACAGCUGUGUGACGUAGGCCUAUCUAUUUCAUUGCUGGCUACUCAGCCACGGCUCUUUGAAAUUGGCAAGAUUUGUCUCGCUUUUGGGCUUAGACUAUGUGUGCAUAUUUUACUUCUUGAAACCAGUGUAAUUUUUAACCUGUUUGGAUGCAAGAAAAAGAUAGUUACAUCUUUCCUACAGUCCAAGGUCGUAAAACGUCAUCAUGCGUGUUUAAUAGAUAUUGUUGGAUUCAAUGAUACGUUCAAAGCUACCUUAACAAUUUGAUAUAUACUUAUAUCAAAACAGUUUUUCCUGCAAAGUCUUUAACACUCCUAAGUAUAUGUUUAGCCGCAGAAGCGCACAAAAUAGCGUGUUUUAUGGCUGUUCCAUCUAUUAUUCAUAUUCUUGACAAAGACGAUAUAUAUAAUGGCUUAAAGCGACGAUACAAAAGCAUUUCAUACAAAAAACGUCAGAGGAAAUAUAAGCAUUGUAUGCUAAUUUUUGGAUAUAUACGACGACCCCAUAGCACACCAGGCUGUGCAGACAAAUUAUCAUACCGUUCUAACGCGCGCUAUUCAAUUUGACUGCACAGCCUAGAGUGUCAUAGGACCGAUACUAUCUUAAAAAAGCAUUAAGUGCUUUAAAAACAAUUUUUCAUAGUGAUAUUACAUGUAUGUUAAAUUAUAUUGUAUUAUGGCGUUUACCUGCAUUGUGAGCAGCAUCAGUAUAAUUAUACGUAUUAUAAAGACUACUAGUAUAUAAGCAGAUAUGAAUACCAAAUGUGGAUUUCAGUCCUGUGUUGAUUUGUUUCUAUGAUAAUGUAUGCAUGUACAUUGAUAAUAUAAUUAACUGCCAAAGUAUUUACAUGGUUGUUUUAUCGAUUAUAUAUACAAAAACAUCAUGAUCAGUCACUGUGUGUAUGACCAAACCAGUGUCACGAUGUGAGUUAUGAUCUUUUAUUCAAUGAUUGACGAUCUGGUUGCAAUAUCAUUAACUUAUUUACAUUGUUUGAAUUGAAGUAUUUUAAGCAAAAUAAAGUUA